AUGUCUCAACCACAAACGCUUCAACCACCUAGCGACUCUCUGUCAAAGACGUCUGCACCUGUUCACCAUACUCAAGUAGCCCCUCAACAUUCCCCAAAGACAGCAACCUCCAAAAGUAAAGAAACGGCGAACGAUCCUCAUCAUGUAAAAUCACCUCUUCCGGGUACGAAUACUACAUCUCAUAGCAACAACAACAACAACAGCCGACCUGCUUCGAGAACAGGAUCCUUCAAGGGACCAUUGAAAGGCGGUGGAUUUCUUUCCUUGUUAUUAUGUUGCACCUUUGGUGCCGGCUCAUUGUUGGAUAAUAGCGACAAGUCUGCUCCAUUCUUUACACGACACAGGAAAAAGAACAACAACAACAACAACCGCCACAGUCAUACCAGUACAACAACAUCAUCAAGCGCUGAUAUUCGUUCACCUGUUGUGGAGAAGAAUAUUGCACCAUCAUCAUCAUCAUCAUCAUCUCCCUCACCUCCUACUUGUCCUCCUGCUUUACCCAAGAUCUUGACCCAUCCAACCGAUUUGGCUAAUUUCUCAUCCUCCGCAGCAGCAGCAGCAGCAACAAGCACAACAUCAUCACCCGAUCAACAAGAAGAUCCUCCCAUCACAUCAGCUACACCACGUUCUAUACCUCCACAAUCACCUGAUGGUCAGAUCAUGUGGCUUCUGCCGCCCUUGGCUACAGAUCAUAUUGGACGUAAAUGUUUGGUAUUGGAUUUGGAUGAAACAUUGGUGCACAGCUCUUUCAAGGUCAUUCCUAAUCCUGAUUUCAUUGUCCCCGUGGAGAUCGACAAUCAAUAUCACAAUGUUUACGUGUUGAAACGCCCAGGCGUCGACGAGUUUAUGCGUAGGAUGGGACAAGUUUACGAGAUUGUGGUGUUUACAGCCAGCUUGUCCAAGUAUGCUGAUCCUGUAUUGGAUAUGCUGGAUAUUCACAAGGUGGUGACCCAUCGACUCUUUAGAGAAUCAUGCUAUAACCACAAAGGCACUUACGUCAAGGACCUUUCUCAACUUGGACGCGAGCUUACCCAAACCUUGAUCCUCGAUAAUUCACCAGCAAGUUAUAUAUUCCACACGUCGAAUGCUGUCCCUGUGUCGACAUGGUUUAGUGAUCCACAUGAUACGGAGUUGAGUGACCUUGUUGAUUUUCUUGAGGAUUUGACAAUGGUGGACGAUGUCACCAUGGUGCUGGAUAACAACAUUGAUGCCAGUUUGCCGGUACGGUAA